CGCACUGGCUGCCAGAAGGGAGAAUUACGUCCCCAGUGGAAGGCUUCACGGAAGACGUGAUUUUUUUUUCCCCCUUCUAAAUUGCUUGGAUUCUGUGGAAAUAUUUGCUAUACAGUGCAAGCUCCUUUUAGGGAAACCCCGGUGUGGUGGUGUCCCUUCGCGAUGCGAAGAUGGCGCCCCUGCUCCCUCCCCGAGGCACCAAUGCGUUCCGCCCCUUUACCCGGGAAUUGCUGGCGGAGGCCGAGAGGCUCAAGGAGGAAAGACAAAAGGCUGAUGUAGAAGGCCAUGAUGAGGAAGAGCCAACGGCCCCAAACGCUGAUCUGGAGGCAGGCAAGAGUCUGCCCAUGAUCUUCGGAGACCCUCCAUCAGAGCUGCUCAACACACCUCUGGAGGACCUGGACCCCUUCUACAAAGCACAAAACGCAACAUUCAUUGUGAUCACCAAAGGAAACACAAUCUACAGGUUCAACGCUGAGCCGGCUUGCUACAUUCUGAGCCCCUUUAGUUUGGUUAGAAGAGGAGCCAUCAAAAUUCUCAUACAUUCAUUAUUUAGCAUGUUCAUCAUGCUUACGAUUGUAUUGAAUUGUGCAUUCAUGACGUUGAGCAACCCACCAGCAUGGAGUAAAACUGUUGAGUAUGUUUUUACUGGAAUCUAUACCGUUGAGGCAACAAUCAAAGUGUUGUCAAGAGGUUUCUGUGCUGGAUCUUUUACAUUCCUUCGAGAUCCAUGGAAUUGGCUGGAUUUCAUGGUGAUCAGCAUGGCAUAUGUCACUGAGUUUGUUGACCUCGGCAACGUGUCCGCACUCAGGACAUUUCGUGUACUUCGAGCCCUUAAAACAAUUACUGUGAUUCCUGGUUUGAAAACCAUUGUGGCCGCUUUGAUCCAGUCAGUGAAGAAAAUGGUGGACGUCAUGAUUCUGACAGUCUUUGCCCUUGCUGUUUUUGCCCUCAUUGGCCUUCAACUCUUUAUGGGAAAUUUGCGUCAGAAAUGUGUGCGAUGGCCCAUCGAAACAAAUGAAACUGCAUACGAUUUGUUUAACACCACUGCUCAAUUUAAUGACACCAUGUUCUUCAAUAACACCAUGGGCGUCAACAAUACAUCAUAUUCCAACAGUACCUUCAACUUUAAUGAGUACAUUGAAAACACAGAUAAUCAGUAUUAUUUGGAAGGCAGCCUAGAUGCUCUACUUUGUGGAAACAGCUCAGAUGCUGGAAAGUGCCCAGAAGGAUACACAUGCAUGAAAGCUGGGCGGAACCCUAACUAUGGCUACACCAGUUUUGACUCGUUUGGCUGGGCCUUCCUGGCGCUCUUCAGACUCAUGACCCAGGACUACUGGGAGAACCUUUUCCAGCUGAUCCUGCGGGCGGCUGGGAAGACAUACAUGCUGUUCUUUGUGGUGAUUAUCUUUCUGGGCUCCUUCUACCUCAUCAACCUCAUCCUGGCUGUGGUAGCCAUGGCCUAUGAAGAACAGAAUCAGGCAACUCAGCGAGAGGCCAUCGAGAAAGAGGAAGAGUUCCAGCGGCUACUCGAGCAAAUCAGGAAUCAGGAAGAGCAGGCUAUGGGUCUAGGAAGCCAAGUCAGUUUAACUAGUAAGAAGUCACUCAGUCAUCACACCAUAUCUGAGGUGGCAAAUGACGAACAUGAUGAAAUUAUCAAGGAUUGUAGCGGGAGAAUCAUUCCCCGUCUGUUGGUCCGAGCACCCACUUUGGUCAAGUGUGCUUCAGUUUAUGAGCUCGAAGAGAAGUCAUUAGGCUCUGAUCACAGCAUGCUUCGUCUGGAAGAGCCACGCCUGACACAGAGGGCUGCUAGCGCUCUGAGUGUGCUCACUGCAGCUGCUAUGGAAGCCUGCAAGUGCUGUUUACUUCAGCUGAGCAUUGUGGGAAAGCUCUGCAUGGGGCACGCUCUGCUCAGGUGUCCAGCUUUCUCUGAUUAUCACCAUGCUGGAUACCAAGAGGCUAGCGGGAAUCAUCCCGAGGCCAGUCAGUAA